AUGAGUUGCAAUUUUUCUCCUGUUUUACAACUAUUAAUUUGUGUUCAUCUAGUUUAUAUCACACUAUUAAUUGAUAUACCAGCGAUUUUACAUUAUAAUCUCUAUCAUACGAAUGACCAACAUGGCUGCUUCUAUUCUUUUCUAAUAGAUCGUGAUAUGAUUCGUUACGAAUCCGAGUACGAAUACGAUGUUAUACUGAAGGGUGGAUUUCAUAUUAUUCCGUAUUGUUUGCAUCUAACAGAACAAGUCCACCAAGAUACAGUUUAUUCAAAUGAAUGUAUUGAUGAUAAUAGUAAUAAUAGUAUUUGUUGGACAUUUGCCCAAUUGAAAGAAAAACAAAUAAUCAGUAAUAACUUAUUCGCAUGGUCUGUUCCAAUCGAUCUGAUUGAACACUAUGAAACAUUUUUAAACAAUCCAAAUUCAUCGAACUCCGCAUCUCUAACGACAAUCUACAACUGUUCAGAAGGAUGGUUUGGAUCUCAUUGUCAAUACACAUUGGAUUCUGAUGGUUUGAUCUUCAAUGAAUUUGUAAAUGAUAUUUUUCUAGCUAAGUUUCCUAAUCAGAAACAAGCCAGAUCGAGUAGUGGCACUUGUUACACUCACUUAUUGUGUGAUCGUGGUCCGAGUUCAUCGUGCCUGGACUGGCGUGAGAUUUGUAAUGGAAAAAGAGAUUGUAUCAAUGGAGAUGUUGAUGAAGAAAACUAUUGCACUGAAUUAGAAGCCAAUGAAUGUGGUGUUGGAGAAUAUCGAUGCCAAAGUGGUCAAUGCAUACCUCAUGCCUUUGUUCGGGAUAAUGAUUAUGAUUGUGCUGAUGCAACAGAUGAAACAAUGGAAAUAGAAGAUGAUGGAGAUGAUUGUUCACGAAAUCCAGCUUUUGAUUGUGAAGAUCGUAUCUGUACAAAACGAAAUAAUUUCCCAUGUGGCGAUGGCGAAUGUAUUUCCAGAAUCAUGCCUCUUUCGAUGUCUAUAAAUGUUUGUACGAACCAACGCAAUCAGAAAUUGAUACAAGCUUUAUUGGCACCUAAGGAAAAUCCGCAUUUAUUCCCUGAAUGUGUUUUUGUCAUGAAUUGCAUUACACGUGCGAAUGAUCUGAUAUCCAGGAAUUCGUGUGAUCAGUUGUGCAGAAAUAUCUCACAAUGUAUCGAUUUGUUCCGAGUAAAUAAGUGUCCACCAUCAUUAUUCGUUUUUCCUAUCCAUCCUGUUGCACAUGGGCAUGUACGAUUUGUUUAUACAACUAACACAACUAAUUUUGCUGGUAAUAAACUUUUCACACCGUAUCUCGUAUGUUUCAACAAUCAAUUAUGUAAUCCAUUUCUAAAUCUAACAGUAAUUUAUAAUAAUUUAACUUGUCAUUAUUAUUCAAAUAUUAGUCUCAGUAAGUAUACAUUUGCAGAAUGGUCAGAGUUGGUAGAGACUGUACGCCAAUUGUUCUUACAUUGCUCGUUAAUAACGAUCAAGAAUUGCACAAAUCUCUUUCAGUGUAAACAAUCAAGUUUGUGCAUAUCAACACAUCGUUUACUUGAUGGUAUAAAUGACUGUUUCGACGAGAGUGAUGAAAAUGUGAUAGAUACAUGUUCUCUUCAAGGUCCGUACCGUUUUCAAUGCUCUUCCGAUAGAAAUCGAUGUAUCUCAUUGACAAUGGUUAAUAAUGGAAUAGUUGAUUGUUCGGCCGGUGAAGACGAAUCCGUUCAACUACCAUUAUUCUCAAUGUUGUGUGACUGGUAUCAAGAUAUAUCUCCUCUGUUCGAAAAUGGGCGCGAAGAAACAGAUGAAACGGAUUGUAACUCUCAUUUCCCUUGCAAUAAUCAAUAUACGCAGUGUGACGGUGAUUGGAACUGUCCCGAUGGCCUUGACGAAGCGAAUUGUCAAUCAUCACUGUGUCCACCAUUUCAUCAUCCAUGUGUGUCAUUGAAAAAUGAUUCCAUUGAAUGUUUACCAAUAAAAUUCGCAAAUGAUGGCAGAAUUCAUUGUCGAGGUGGAUCAGAUGAACGACAUUACUGUCGUAACUUAUUUCCUGAACUAGUUGAUACUCGAUUCAGGUGUUCCAACGAAACGCAUAGAUGCAUGUCGGUUGCUAAGUUAUGUAUGAAUGAUAAGUAUUUACUAGUAAAAGAUGAUAAAAGAUGUCGUGAGGAUGAAGAUGCGAUUUGUCCAGCAUCCUAUUUUCAAAAUGAUUGGGAAUUUUCUGGUAUAUGUUCUUUAGCAUUCAAUGAACAAUUUCAUACAACUGAAGAACUACUCUGUAGUCUGACAGAUCAAUACUCUAAAAACACUGUUGGUGGCAGACCCGAACGAUGUUUAACCCUUCGUCAUGCAGGCUACUAUCCUCCUUUAACAACACAUAAUGCACCGAAAUUGACUGAAAAUACAAUCGAUAGAAUUAUUUCAACACAUAUACAUGGCAAUAAGAUUAAUAUCAUCAAUAGAAUUUGGCUAUGUAACCGAGGGAUCCAUAUAUUUAUCGGUAAAAAGAAAGAGAAUGGCUGUCUUUGUCCCCCAGCAUAUUAUGGUGAUCAAUGUCAAUAUCAGAAUCAGCGUGUUAGUCUCAUCUUAAAAUUCAUAAAAGAAUUGUCUCUUGAUCGAAAUAGUGUAUUCCAAAUGGUAAUUAUGUUAAUUGAUGACAAACAACGAAUUGAAUCCUAUGAUAAGAUAAAUUACCUGCCGGCACGUGAUUGUAAUAUAAAGUUUCGUUUGAAUCUUUUGUAUUCAUCACGACCGAAAGAUUCAAAUAAAACUUAUAGUGUACGUAUUGACGCAUACAACAAUGACAAUUUAGAUUAUCAUUCAAGUUGGCAUUUAUUAAUUCAGUUUCAAAAUCUCCCAGUAAACCAUCUAGUAGCUCGUUUAUUCGUUGGUACUAAAGAAAGAGCACAAGAUUCAAGAUAUUGUUCUAUAGAUUGUGGUAGUCAUGCUCUAUGUAUGAAAUAUGUGAAUAGCCAGCAUUAUUUUUGUCGAUGUUUGCCGGGUUGGUUUGGAUAUUUUUGUAACAUAAGUCAUAAUUGUCAAUGUACAGCUGAUUCCAGAUGUGUUGGGGUAAUCGCCAAUCGAUCGAUCUGUAUUUGUCCACUAAACAAAUUUGGUACAUUUUGUCAGCUUACACGAUCUGUGUGUCCACCAGAUAUAUGUAGUUCUAAAGGAAUUUGCGUGCUGGAUGAUUCAAGAAUGGAAGAACCUGAUUUCACUUGCCUUUGCAAUGAAGGUUAUUUCGGACCGCAAUGUCAAUUUAAUAGUACAAAAAUUGAAAUAUCAUUCGAGGGUGUUCUCAUUCCACAAGCUAUACUUGCUCACUAUAUUACUGCCAUGAAAAACACUCCUCAUAUUCAUACUACUGUAUUUAAAAAGAUUCCAUACGAUCAAAAUACAGUAACACUAUUUCGUUCAGGCUCAUUUCAUAUUCUCUUCAUAGAAUUUUCCAAUGAUUAUUAUUUAGCUGUUGUUCAAGAAAAAUCAAACGUAUCAAGAACUAUUUCAACACGUGUUCUUCCUUCGUAUCAUUGUAAACCUAUAUCUGAUCUGUUCAAUCAUACAAUUCUUAGUUAUCAUCGUCUUCGUCGUAUAAAAUACUACCAUAUACCUUGCCAAAAAUUAUCUCAACUCGCCUGA